AUUGUAGAGUAGAGUGGGCACCACCAAUCUUUCCCUUCUCAUAAUAAUAUUUUGGUUUAGAUAAUUUGGUCGUAGUUUAGAACGAUGAAUUUUUGCUUGGUCAGCGAUUUCGUCGGUGUGUGUAUGUAAUUCAUAAUGGAAGUCUGCAAUUGUAUUGAACCGCAAUGGCCGGCGGAUGAAUUGUUAAUGAAAUAUCAAUACAUAUCGGAUUUCUUCAUAGCGAUUGCGUAUUUUUCUAUUCCUCUUGAGUUGAUAUACUUUGUGAAGAAAUCCGCGGUGUUUCCUUAUAGAUGGGUACUUGUUCAGUUUGGUGCUUUUAUUGUUCUUUGUGGGGCGACUCAUCUUAUUAACUUAUGGACUUUCACUACGCAUUCGAGAACCGUUGCGCUUGUUAUGACUACUGCGAAAGUGUUAACUGCUGUUGUGUCGUGUGCUACUGCGUUGAUGCUUGUUCAUAUUAUUCCUGAUUUGUUGAGUGUUAAGACUCGGGAGCUGUUCUUGAAAAAUAAGGCUGCGGAGCUUGAUAGAGAAAUGGGAUUGAUUCGAACUCAGGAAGAAACGGGACGGCAUGUUAGAAUGUUGACACAUGAGAUUAGAAGCACGUUAGAUAGACACACUAUUUUAAAGACUACACUUGUUGAGCUUGGUAGGACAUUAGCUUUGGAGGAGUGUGCAUUGUGGAUGCCUACUAGGACUGGGUUAGAGCUACAGCUUUCUUAUACACUUCGUCACCAACAUCCCGUGGAGUAUACGGUUCCCAUUCAAUUACCGGUGAUCAACCAAGUGUUUGGUACUAGUAGGGCUGUGAAAAUAUCUCCUAAUUCCCCUGUGGCUAGGUUGAGACCUGUUUCUGGGAAAUAUAUGCUUGGGGAGGUGGUCGCUGUGAGGGUUCCGCUUCUCCACCUUUCUAAUUUUCAGAUUAAUGACUGGCCUGAGCUUUCAACAAAGAGAUACGCUCUGAUGGUCUUGAUGCUUCCUUCAGAUAGUGCGAGGCAAUGGCAUGUCCAUGAGUUGGAACUCGUUGAAGUCGUCGCUGAUCAGGUGGCUGUGGCUCUUUCACAUGCUGCAAUCCUAGAAGAGUCAAUGCGAGCUAGGGACCUUCUCAUGGAGCAGAAUGUCGCUCUUGAUCUAGCAAGACGGGAAGCAGAAACAGCAAUCCGAGCCCGCAAUGAUUUCCUGGCAGUUAUGAACCAUGAGAUGCGAACUCCGAUGCAUGCGAUCAUUGCACUCUCUUCCUUACUCCAAGAAACGGAACUAACCCCUGAACAAAGGCUGAUGGUGGAAACAAUACUUAAAAGUAGUAACCUUUUGGCAACUUUGAUGAACGAUGUCUUAGAUCUUUCAAGGUUAGAGGAUGGAAGUCUUCAACUUGAACUCGGAACGUUCAACCUUCAUACAUUAUUUAGAGAGGUCCUCAAUCUGAUAAAGCCUAUAGCGGUUGUUAAGAAAUUACCCAUCACACUAAAUCUUGCACCAGAUUUGCCAGAAUUUGUCGUUGGGGAUGAGAAACGACUAAUGCAGAUAAUUUUGAAUAUAGUUGGUAAUGCUGUGAAAUUCUCCAAACAAGGUAGCAUCUCCGUAGCCGCUCUUGUCACCAAGUCAGACACUCGAGCUGCUGACUUUUUUGUCGUGCCAACUGGGAGUCAUUUUUACUUGAGAGUGAAGGUAAAAGACUCUGGAGCAGGAAUAAAUCCUCAAGACAUUCCAAAGCUUUUCACUAAAUUUGCUCAAACACAAUCUUUAGCGACGAGAAGCUCGGGUGGUAGUGGGCUUGGCCUCGCCAUCUCAAAAAGGUUUGUGAAUCUAAUGGAGGGUAACAUUUGGAUUGAGAGCGAUGGUCUUGGAAAAGGAUGCACGGCUAUCUUUGAUGUUAAACUUGGGAUUUCAGAGCGUUCAAACGAAUCUAAACAGUCGGGCAUACCGAAAGUUCCAGCCAUUCCCCGACAUUCAAGUUUCACUGGACUUAAAGUUCUUGUCAUGGACGAGAACGGGGUAAGUAGAAUGGUGACAAAGGGACUUCUUGUACACCUUGGGUGCGAAGUGACCACAGUAAGUUCAAACGAGGAAUGUCUCCGAGUUGUAUCCCAUGAGCACAAAGUAGUCUUCAUGGACGUGUGCAUGCCCGGGGUUGAAAACUACCAAAUCGCCCUACGUAUACAUGAGAAAUUCACAAAACAACGCCACCAGCGGCCACUACUGGUGGCACUCAGUGGUAACACCGACAAAUCCACAAAAGAGAAAUGCAUGAGCUUCGGUCUAGACGGCGUGUUGCUCAAACCUGUAUCCCUAGACCACAUGAGAGAUGUUCUGUCUGAUCUUCUCGAACGCCGGGUUCUAUACGAGGGCAUGUAAAGGCAUUGCCCCGGCCCCCAGAGGAGUAAUUCCGCUCCCGGCUUUUUCUCCCGUAAAACAUCGGAAGCUGAUGUUCUCUGGUUUUAUGUGUACAUAUCAGAGAUUGUGGGAGCGUUUUGGAUGAUUAUCUUAAAACACAAAGGGAAUAACAAAAUAGAAACUCUAGACCGGUUUGUGCCGUGGCGAUUCCGGUUAAAGAGGAACAAGAUGUUGGUGGUAUAAUCAUACCAUUUCAUAUUAAAUGUUUGACUGAUGU